AUGGCAAGGGCAGACGGAUCACACCUAACAGACCCAAGCGGCGCACAAGAGCCUGCGCAUGUCGCCGAUGUUGAUAUGGACUCCACUCCAGACUAUCACCACGAUUCACCGGGCAUGGCCCAAUACUCCGACUCCCCCUUUCCAGACACAAAUAUCGCCGUUCUACCCUCACCUGCGUCUCAGCCCCCCGACAAUUCAAUACGUCUGGCUGUUGACGCCCGCUCUCAAGCAAUCCAACAAACUACGUCAUCUUCUCUGACUCGUUCAUUCAAAGGCAACUACUUGACCACCGUUGCUCACAAUGCAGCAAUCACCGACACCCAUUUACACUAUGCUGCUGAUGAAGACAUCGAUUCUACCGGCGAGAGUGAUGUCAGUUUAGCUGAUUCCGGAGAUGACGACGACCCAAACGUUGCACACGACACCCUCUCAGCAAUGGAUAUCGAGGAACAGUGUGACCCUACAGAGCUUAGAAGUCAAGCCCUUACAUGGGGUAUCCACGUCGACCCCACUUUCAAUCUCACCGUGUGUCUCGACUGUGGCGUUGCGAUCCCAUGGGAGCAGGUGUAUGGCCACCGGCGCAAAAAACACAAAUCCUCAGCGACUUCCAAAAAAUCGCUGCCGUCCAAGACCAACGUUUUGAACACCCUGCGUGCGUUGGGCGCCCACCUGCCGAUGCCUUUACCAACCAGACCAGUUCCACCCAUAGACGGCAUGCGCAUCAUACCUGACUUAGUCAAGUGCACCUUCCAAGGUUGCACGUCUUCUACAUUAUUCACGUCGUUAAAACCCUUUCAUAAACACUGUGUCCAUGCCCAUGGCAAGCCUCCGCUUGCGCUUCGUUCCCACAUCAUCGCCAUCGGACACCAGAUUGGGGUCAGCAAACACUUGAUGUCGUACAUCGAGGUAGCAAGCUCUCCCUCGAUCCCACACACAGAUGCCCUUGGGACCAUUCUUGCCCACGUUGAAAAGUGUGGUCUAUACUCUAGGGACACCACAUACCAGCCUGCGACCAACAAGCGACCCAGAGGGGCCCUUUUAGCUCAGACUAACUGGGAGCCGUGCAUCGAGAACGUUGAUCUCAAAUCCCUCCGCCAAACCGCUCAGAAACCUGAAGGCGCACCCGAAUUCAAUUACCUCAUACAGCAAACGCAAUCCUACUACAAGUUCAUCGCAGCUAACCUCGGACGAUUAUCAAUUCUUACUCUUCGAGCUCUCGUGUCCACUAGCCCUUCCGGUGAUACAGAGAAAGCUCCAUUCCGCCGUCCGCAGGAAGACCCCACCCUCGAACGUUAUGCUAACUUUAUGUCUAGAUUUAUCAUCUUUCUCAUCCGCCAUCUUUGCCAGCCAGUCGAUAACUUCGAUGUACCUCUUCAUCCCCAACACAGUCAUUACUUGAAGGAGUUGUACGCUUUGUUGAAAUCUGCUUCGAGCGAUGUCUUCGUCGACGGCCAUCAACGUUGUAUAGACCUUAUUCACCGCACCGUCUUUUCACUCCUCUCUUGCGUUAGCGACGAGUUCUUGAAGAACGAAAUGAAGGACCUGUUUACCCUCUUCCUCCUAACGUAUCACUUAUCCGAUGAUCAUGGUAACACCAACCGUGCAUCUCAAGUACCGCCCACUAUUAGUCAGGCGCAGUGGUGCUUCAGAGCGACCGCGGCAUAUGAGAUCAUGCAAAUGAUGCCAUAUCACGAGAAUAACUCCUUCAAGACAUAUCAGGUUCUCGUCCAACGCUACCUCGUUGACGGCCCUCAGACUCUUUUCACAGGUCUGCGACAGAAAAUGGCCCUCUUGUCUGCGCUGUCGUAUUCGGAACCCGGACUCCCUCGCUUUGCAUGGAACCCUGAGAUGACUGUGGUGUCCAUCGACGGAUUCCCAAUACCUUUGAAAACCUUCAAACACUCAGUCGAUUUAUCUCUGGACGACAUGAAGGCAAAGAUGGACGAGUUGUUCCGCGGUUGCCAAUGGGACGACAUACUACAUUACAUCGACUCUCGUACUGACCCAAAUAACCCGGGAAAUUGGUUCACAGACAGCCCUCAAUCUGCAGAUCAAAAGACGUCUGUAUUUAACUUCAAACAGAACGGGUGGGACAAGUAUCGGCGACGUCUUAUCGAGCACCUUGCCAGAGACCCCCGAUUCUUUUCCAGAGUGGACGGCAAAUAUGAAGUUAACGCAGGAAAUGCAUGGGAAUGGAUCGCACUUUUGAACGAACUCUCUUGCAUCAUGUUCUACUGUGUGGUAUCAACGUGGGGCGGUGGAGCGCGCGGGACCGAAUGUGACCACCUCAAGUUCCAAGUCGACGGUCAAGGCGACAGACAGGUUUUCAUACUCAAUGGUCUCCUCACUAUCUCAACUACUUAUGUGAAGACCGCAAGCAUACAAGGCCAUGGUAAACUCAUUGCGCGUUGUCCAUCCCAUUCGACAUCAAGAUUGCUAUUGGUCGUAUUAGGCGUCCUAUAUCCUGCAGCCGCAGAGCUUGCUUCGUUCAUCAUGUCUGUCGACAAAGCCAAAGCGUAUCUAUCCUACGUCUUCCUUCACGAUGGCAUUCCCAUGGACACCCAUAAAUUCUCUCAAUCUAUUGGUGCCAUCACCCAGCGCUAUCUUGGACGUGCGUUAGGCAUGAGAGAUUGGAGGCAGCUCAUGAGCACCAUGCUAAUCAACAUCGCGAAAGUUAACUUUGGUAUUAUCGACGAAGAAGAUGCCCCGCUAUUGGCGAUUCACGAUGCUUUCGGUCAUUCCCAGUCGGUCGCAGAGGCCCAUUAUGCUUUACAGACAACCAAUGCACUCACCGAGAUCUCACACACCGCUGUUUCCUCGAUGCAGAGAGUCAGUAAACGAUGGCACGCAACGAUCGGGCAGUUGGAGAACGGUGCAACGGGCGUCUCCAAUGAACAAUCCUCGGUAACGCGUGAUCAUGAAGAACAACUCUUCGACCGUUUGCUCGGACCCCUGAAGACGACCAUCCACAGCGCAACUCGACAAGCAACCACAUCUAUGGGCGUCGACAUUGUCGACGAGCUCAGGAAUGUCGCAACUGGUGUGGGCAAUGGCCUCCUAAAGGGAAUGGAGGCCAUGUUUCAUCAAUACAUUCUAGCGUUGGGUGUUACUCCCAAGGCACCCCUCGGUGUCCCCCCAACGGCGUCUUUACCACGGAUUUCUGUUCAUCCCAACCUUAUAGAACGCCUACGACCGCUCUUCCCCGGACAACGAAACCCUUCGUUCACCUCACCGCAACAAGCAGAAGUUGUACAGAGUUGCACGACCAGCGACCACGUCGUUUGUGUCAUGCCAACCGGCAGCGGGAAAAGUCUAGCAUUUUUUGCUGCUCCCAUAUUACACCCCGCCAGUUUAUUCAUUGUUGUCACUCCCCUAGUCGCCUUGACGGAAGACUUGUCGCGUCGUUUGGCAAGUACUACCAUUCCCGGUGGACAGUAUCAUCACGUGAAAGACGUUUUAACGGCACAGAUAGUUAUCGUAUCGGCGCACCAAGCAGGAACGGACGAGUUCUACCAAUGGGCAAACUCCAUGAGUUAUAGACUCAGGCGUGUUUUUAUUGAUGAGGCGCACCAUGUUUUCACUUCGGACGACUAUCGCCCGUGCUUCAAACUAUUCCACUUGAUAACUCGCUUGAAGAAACCGAUUACCUUUCUCACAGCGACGAUGUCACCCCAGUCUUUAUCGAGACUGUGCACUGAAAUGCAAAUCCCACCCACCAUGGUCCGCGUCAUCAGAGCUCCGUUACAUCGACCUAACAUACAUUACUCUGUCAUCAAAGUACCUGUGAAAGAAGUCAUCCAGAAGUUUACCGAUGUCUUCAAUUCGACCGUUCUCAACGCAAUGGACAGGGGCAUUAUAUACUGUACGAGAAUCGACCUCAUCAAGGAUCUCGCCAAAACUCUCGGCAUUCCAUACUACACCAGCAAACUCGAUGAUCAGCUGGACGAGCGCGCAAACACACAGGAGAAGAAACGAAGAUUCCAAGCCUGGCGCGACGGUAGCACACCCAAGGAGAGAUGGAUGAUCGCAACACUUUGUUUUGGCGAGGGCAUCGAUUUUCCUGGAGUCCGGGUUGUCAUCCAUCUAGAGGUGAAUAAUAUGCUACGGUUCUUGCAAGAGACCGGUCGAUUAGGAAGGGACGGGCUCCCCUCGUCUUCUGUUUUGAUUUACAGCAAACUGCCACUGUACGGCGAGCCUGACAGAGACGAGCAUCUUGGCGUACUUCCAAUGAGAGAGUUCAUUCAGACGGAUGGCUGUCGUCGCCUCACGUUUCAACAUUUUGACCCUGACGCUCACUCGUGCUCAUCAUUCGCCGGUACUCUACUUUGUGACAACUGCCAGUUCAUGAAAAAUUCUGCAGACGUCACUGUUAGGCAGGCUCUCUGGCUGCCCCGCGACACACCAUCGCUACCCACACCCAACAGAUAUCCCGCAUCAUCCUCCGGAACUGUACCGAACCCUACAAAUCAUCAACCGCCCGCCACUGAGCAUUUAACUGUGAGAGCAGUGGGGGAGGCCAUCGAUUCACAGUACUCUUCGGGUAUUGAGCAGCUGCGCGUGCUCAAGCACAUCAUCGAAGUCAUAGUCGCAUCUGGUUGCAUCGAAUGUUGGGUCAGCAACCAACACGAACUGCAUGCCCGCAAGCAUCCAAACCUUGCAGGCGUGGGUUCCAAGGCCUCGUCGCUUGUCUGCCUCAGGCGUGCGGACACGACAUAUUGGCCUUUCUGUUACAUGUGUUGGAUCCCAUUUCGUGAACCAUGCCAACAUCCGCCCCUCCAAGAAGGCUCCUUGCGCGAUCAUCAAUCAUGUCCCCACGGUGCCAAGUUUCCAUCUAUCCUUCCCCAUGCGAUCUGCGCCAUCUACUCUCAGAAGGGUUCUAUUAACAACCAUACGAAGAAUCCUUAUUUAGAUAAGAUAGCCCAGCACUUGGGCGUCGACGUCAGUAACUUCGCCAACUUGGCCGCUCUGCAGAAGUGGCUCACUCAUCACCCCACGCGUGCUGACGAGAUCCCCCGGUGCCACGCCUUCAUCAUUGCGUUUUACAAGGAGUUUCGUAUGCUACCUACACCCUCCACUAACGAUGUGCAUAUGACGGACGUUCGAACGCAUGAUUAA